ACUGAUGGUCAGUUCUGGUCAGUGAAUGGCCAUCGCCAAAUACCUACCUACCUACAUAGGUAAGUAGUGAUAUAUACGUAGUAGGGAGCGCUAUUUCUGCUGUAGAAAGAAGGUGUAGGUGGAAGACCUUCUAUAUCUUAGCCUUCGUUUGCGCUCUAUCUACCGUAUUUGAUUGUUGAUCCAAGUUUUUUCUGCCUCCACUAUCUAGCCGUUCGGGAGUGGCCGAACGAAGUCUACCAAAGCCUCCUUGCAUAUAAAAACACACGAGAUAUUGGGACAGCACUACAGUAGAGAAUCAUGACGGCCCCCGCAGCAUCAAGGGACGAGUUCCUCGACUUUUUCGGCAUGAGUCUGCCUGAGAGACAGCGUGGCACAGGACGCAUCUUCCCAACUCCAUACGAGACAUCCACCGAGCCAUCGCCACUGGAACACCCAGAGACGGCCUUCAUUGGCCGACCUGGCCCCAUCAACGACUUCAUGGAGAGGUUCACCCAUGUCCAUGACCGAUCCAAGAUCCUCAUCUACGUCGACGGCGCUUGCGCCAACAACGGUCGAGGCGGUGCCAACGCCGCAUGGGCUUUCUAUUUCGGUCCCGAACCAGAAGCUCGGACGUGUUCCGGUCGCCUGGAGAUGAAGGGCCCGUUCGGCGGGGAAGUACAACAGCAGACGAGCAAUCGGGCGGAACUUCGAGCCGCGCUGGCGGCACUCCGCGCGCGCCAGUGGUCUGACGACGGAUACCGCACCGUCGUUAUCGCCGCUGAUUCCGAGUACGUUGUGCGCGGAGCGACGGAGUGGGCGAAAAUGUGGACACAGAACAACUGGAAGACUUCCGGGGGCGAUGACGUUGCGAAUCGAGACUUAUGGGAACUGCUUCUCGGAGAGGCCGAGCGGUACCAGGACUUGGGACUGGCGAUCCAGUUCUGGCGCAUCGACCGCAGGUUCAAUCAGGUAGCCGAUGCCGCAGCUAAGAAGGCCACGGCGAACCCUGACGACGAGGACUUCGAGGACUUUAUGGUUCCGGGGAUUUGAUUAUCUGUGCAGUGGCUGUCUCGAGUAUGCCACUGGUAAUGACAGCCUCAAUUUGAACAUAUCAGGCCGCAAGGGCUAGAUCAUGCCGAUGCGGCGCUUAACAUCCUCGCGAUCACGAGAGAAACUUCUAAGUUGCAGCAAAUCUAUACAACCCUAUGAAUGGCAGACGGAUGAAUAUUUGAAUGCGAUAUAUUGUCGUCGCAGCGAAAGUUAUAUAAUUAGGUAACCACCCGAAAGUAUGAACCACGAAUCGUAAGGUUUCUCUUUGAUCUCUUCUUCGCGGGUUUCGAUGUACUUGUCGACGGCUAGUCUUAGCUUCUGAGAAACAGAAGUAAACUUAGAGGCAUCCGACAGAAUUCUUAUCGUCGUGGCAGGUUGAAAUUAAUACGGGAAGAGUCUACGAGAGGACAAGGACAACAAAUACCAUUACCUCAUCGUAGGCCAAGCAAGAUGUGGCGGCAGAGGUCAUCCCCUUCCUGUACCUAAGGAUAGUGUCACAAGGAGUUCCGCACCCACGGUCAUUGCCGUUGGGCUCAGCUCAUUUACUCUCACGCGUAACCACCUAGUAUCCCCAGGAAAUAAGUAUCUAAGUCAAACAGCAAAAAGUAGUCAACAUCACCUAGUAACGAAGUAUCUAGAUCAAAUGAAGCCUGAUAAAAUGUCUUGCUCCUGGACAAA